AGCAUGACAGAAGGGAACCAAACUAUUAUCUCAAAGUUCCUCCUUCUGGGCCUGCCCAUUCCCCCAGAGCACCAGCAUCUGUUCUAUGCCCUGUUCCUGGUCAUGUACCUCACCACUGUCCUGGGGAACCUCAUCAUCAUCAUCCUCAUUCUACUGGACUCCCAUCUCCACACACCCAUGUACUUGUUUCUCAGCAACUUGUCCUUCUCUGACCUCUGCUUUUCCUCCGUCACAAUGCCCAAGUUGCUGCAGAACAUGCAGAGCCAAGAUCCAUCCAUCACUUAUGUGGGUUGUCUGACACAAAUGUAUUUUUUCUUGCUUUUUGGAGACCUUGAGAGCUUCCUUCUGGUAGCCAUGGCCUAUGACCGCUAUGUGGCCAUCUGCUUCCCCCUUCAUUACAGCAGCAUCAUGAGCCCCAAGCUCUGUGGGAGUCUGGUGGUGCUGUCCUGGGUUCUGACCACAUUCCAUGCCAUGCUGCACACCCUGCUCAUG